AUGGAAACAGAAGAGUUGGUAACUAGAUAUGAAUUAUUAAAUGGAAAGAAAUGGUUACCUAAUUCCUUUUAUAACGAGGCCCUCGACAAACUCGGGUAUACAAAGGCGAUUGUGGAGAAAAGGGUCAAAAUAUAUGAAAAUGCAGCCGAUUGUUUGGCCAGGGCAGGUAAUAGAAACUGGCCGGAAAGCAUAAAUAUUAUUGUUGCUGGAAGUCGUGGUGAAGGGAUGGCAGUUUCAUGCAAAAGUGAUAUGGAUACGAUGUUUGUUCAGCCAGCAGUCAAAUGUUUUGAAAUUUACCCAACGACUGAUUUCAAAGCAGUUGAAAACUGUGUUGCAGCCUUUGAACUUGAUUUAGAUGAUGUUCCUGAAGGAUAUACUAAAUUACGUUUAAAACAUAUUGAAUGGUCCUGGGAAUAUAGAAAACUCACAUCUAGAAUUAUGGUGUCAUCGAAGGACAACAAUUAUUUGAAAAAUGGCCAAAGACUGAUUGAAGCGGUAGAGUAUGGUGGCAAAAAUGUUAAAGAAGAAAGCUGGAUCAGCAGAAAUAACCUAUUCGGUGAAGUAACCGGACCUGCACAGCCACACCAAUUUCCACUUCCAUUCUCUAACAAUCAUGUGUCUUUUGACCAUGUUCAAGCAUUUCCCUGUGCUUACCCAUCGGUAUUAGACGACUGGUUUAUACGAGAGAGACAAAAUGCCUGGCCUAGUUCAGAUGUCCUGAAAGCAGUAAAGGAAACAGAUGUAUUUGUUGUAUCUGUUGGACUGUCCGGUAGUAAAGAUGAGAUAUUGCAAUGGAGAAUUUCAUUAACACUUGCAGAGAGAGCUCUGGUACGCUCAUUCAAUGACACGCAAAUAAAAGUGUAUGCUGCAAUGAAAAUGCUGGUGAAACAUGAACUGAAACCAAUAUGCGCUAAUAUUACUUCUUACAUAGUGAAAAAUGUGAUCUUUUGGGUGUUUGAAAAGAGACCAGGCACAUAUCAGAGAGACGAAUUCGUUGAGAUAUUAUUGCAUCCACUGAUAUACAUGAAAGAUUGUGUAACUGUGGGAAGCCUUCCAAAUUACAUGAUUCCGUCAAGGAAUUUACUACAAGGAAAGUUAUCACAAGAGGAAGCAUAUGCUUUGAAAGUUCAUCUAGAUAUUUUUAUUACAGAAUGUUCAACUGUUCUACUUCGUUGCCCUUUGGUAUACAAAAUGGCUGAACAUUCAUUUCAUCUGGCACAGAACGCCGAUGAAUUUUAA